AUGCCUUAUGAGGAAUGGUUGAGGAAGUUGGGUAUGUUAGCUUCUGUGGCUGCAAUGUAUUCUGAUUCUGAACUGUAUUUGUUGAUGUCAGGCAAUGGCUUUGUUUCCUCCGGAUUCUUUAAAAAGUCUGUAAUAAUAGAUCUGGCAACUGGGUUUGCUUCUGGCAUCUCCAUGCUGCCAAUUAAUUCUGUGACUUUCUGCUUUUGGCUUAGAACAGGGACAUCCAACUCCCGUGAGACUGCGAUCUACUCACGGGGGGGGGGGGGGACUGGCAGCCAAAGUUGUUCAGCUUCUUUUAGAGAGGAAAGUUCCAUUUUAGGUGUUAAGGCCAAGCUUGUUGAGUCUUUUUUAUGGAGAAAAUCUCCGUUAUUAAGGGGAAAAUGUCAGACUAUAGUAAGAGGGAGAGGGGAUUAG